GCAUUCCUCCCGUGGAGUUGGCCCUGUUCCCCACGGCCAUACAGGAGCUCCGGAGCAUAGAUGAGUACCGGGCGCCCAAGGACAAGCUGUUGUGCAUCCUAAAUGCGUGCAACGUGAUCAACGACAUCCUGAAGGCCACACAUGAGGGCCUCGGUGACGGCAAGGUCCGCGCCCUGUCGGCGGAUGACUUCCUGCCGCUGUUGAUCUUCCUGGUUAUCCGCGCCAACCCCGCACACCUGCACUCCAACGCGGAGUUCGUGGCCGCCUUGCGCCACCCCGCGCGCAUGAACGGGGAGGACGCCUACUUUGCCACGGCCUUCUGCUCCGCGAAGGAGUUCCUGGCAGGCUCCGGGCCCUCCUCCUUCGAGGUGACCUUGGAGGAGUACACCAUGCGCUACGCCCAAGGCGUGGCCAGCGCGGAGGCCCGCGCGGAGAAGCUCUG